AUGGGCAUACCAGCACUCUGGCAGCUUUUCGACGGGGCUGAUAUCGGAGAGAAGAUCUCAACUGCUGCGUUUGCUGCUCAGCAUUUCGAGAGGGAAAGAAGGCCCCUUCGAAUUGCUGUGGAUGUUUCUAUCUGGAAAUUUAAGUGUUAUCCAGUUAAAAAGGAAGUGGAAAUUCGUAAAGAGAAACCACAAUCGCAUCUAAACGAGAGGAACAUUUUCUACAAGAUUUUGAAACUACUUAAAUUGAAUAUUCAAUUGAUUUUUGUCGCUGACGGUAGUAAUCGACCGAGAGAGAAAUAUGGUGCGCAAUCGCCACGGAACAAAUAUCUUUCACAUGACGACGAACUCCUCAAAAAUACAGUGACUCUCCUAGGCGUAAAAUGGCAUGAAGCACCCGGUGAAGCGGAGGCCGAAUGCGCAGCUUUACAAAGCCGUGGGGUGGUUGAUGCUGUUUGGACAGACGAUGCGGAUGCUUUCAUGUUCGGGUGCACAUGUCUAAUACGUUUCUGUUAUGUUAAGCCCAAAGAAAGGAAAACUGGGAAAAAUCAAGAUCGGGUCAACAAUCUAGAGGAGAAAAAGCGUCACAUUGACCUCGAUAACAUCAUGGUUUAUCGAGCCGAUAAAAUACAAGUAGAAUUUCCAGGUUUGACUCGAGAAGGCCUCGUGUUAUUCGCUGUUUUGCAAGGGGGUGAUUACAGUAAAAACGGUAAAAGUCUCGCAAACUGUGGUAAGGAACUGGCUUUAAAAAUAGCGAAUCCGCUGGAAGGUUUUGGUAAAGAACUUUGCGACGCAUCUGAUGCGGAUUUUCCAGCUUGGAGGAACCGACUUCGUGGAUAUCUCCCCAGAAUCGACAGCCGAGUCCACGUGCCUGAUAAAUUUCCUGAUCCUCACAUUGUUGGGCUUUACAACAAGCCUUUAGUCUCGUCCGAAAGAAUCUUGAGCGACAUUGGAAAGUUUUGGGACCCCUCUUUCGACGAAAUGGAAUUACAAAGAUUCAUACUUGCGAUAUUCAAUUUUGGGGUAGCUGAAUACACCAAACAUAUCAUACCUAUCCUUCUCAUCCGUUCUCUUGCGUCCACACAGCCAGGGCAAGAAGCGAUUAACAACUGCUACAAGCUUAAUAUCACUACCAAGAAGAAAUCGGCCCUACAGAAGAAUGUAGAGGUACUACUAUCUGCGGUCACAUCCAUGGACGUACAAGCUUUGAGACAUGAGCUUAAGAAUCAAGGUCGAAGCAAAAAGAUAGCACCAGUCACUGAGAUGGCCGAGUGUGAGGGUUUAUUGACGUGUAUUCUUGAACACGGUACAAAACAAGCCCUUCCACCAUUUCCAGCAACUUCCGAGCGUGAUCGAAGCAUGGUAUCUCCUGAGACAAUUUUCAGAGGUAAGAAACGUGCUGGGUCGCCAAUAGCUCUGACCAAGACUUUCUCUUCCGCUCACGAAGAUCCACCCUCAAAGAGAGCAAAAACUACACCAGAUCAUUUAUCGAGACCUAUUCCAGUUGCCAAAGCUUCUAUAGAAUCCACACCCACACAAUCUAAAGUCUCAAAUCAAGCUCGAAAUAUUUUUUCCUAUACCAAAGAGAACCCGUCGCCCAAGCCACCAGAAUGGGAUAGGAGCCCAAAACUCCCUAAGCUGGGAGUUACAAAGAAGUCUCCGAAAACGAUCAUCGACCUCACACUCGAUGAUUCUUCGGACGAAGAGAACCAAACUCCCACUACCCAUGCUCGCAAUCACACCAUUACCCCAAUCUCAUCCCAAAAAUCACAACAGGAUACCAUCCGUAAAGCUCGACUUGAGCAUUACGGUUCUGAUGUUUCUAAGCCAGCAUAUAUACCAGCAGUCCAAACGUCUAUUCACAGCGCAACGCCAAAUGCACGCAAAGUCUUCAAAGUCUUACCACUCGCUAAAAAACCUCUUCCUCCUGGUAUUAAGGACGACGAUCUUGAUGGAUUCUUUUCUGGUUAG